CACUAGUCUAAAAAACAUUGUGGAUGGUUGUUAAAGACCUCUAGGCCUAUAAUUGCUGUGCUCAUCAGAGAUUGCUGCUGGGCGCGGGAGCGCGCAUAGUUAGGGGGCGCGCACGCCGCCGUGGUCCUCGCCUGAUCUGCAGCGCGUUUCUCUGUAAGGCGUCACGCGCUCCCAAGCCCACGCACGGCAACAGCAUCAUCACGGUGCAGAUCUUCACGCAUCCGUGUUGUUCAGCGAGAUCGCUCCAUCAUCAACCUCCGAAAGCGCGCUCCGGCUCCCGCAUCCCGCAGACUGGUGCAUGGCCGGAUCCAACCAGGGCACUGAGGUUAUUCAUUUAUUCAUCACGCAUCAUCAGGACCGUUUUAUCCUCCUCCCAAUAUUCUUACAGCUUCUGGCAUCGGGUGUGAUGCUGCACAGCGGAUGAAUCAGAGAAGUCGGGCCCGGUAAUUGCAUCCGCAGUGUGGCCGGAGACAGGAGAGGCGCACGCACGCACGCACACACACACACACACACACACACGCAGACACACACAGAGCGGCGCUUGGUGCGCGUUUGCAUCCGUCCCCGCUGUCUGUGGAUGGGCUGCGCGCCUCCGCAGUCGCCUCUCCGACGCGUUUAGUGGAUGAAGAUGGCGGACAGAGCCGAGAUGUUCUCCCUCUCCACCUUUCACUCCCUCUCUCCUCCGGGCUGCAGGGCAGCACAUGACAUCAGUCUAGAGGAGUUUGAUGAUGAAGAUCUGUCUGAGAUCACAGACGACUGUGGUAUCGGCCUCAACUAUGACUCUGAUCCCUAUGAAAAGGACUGCCUUAUACUGGAGAAGAGUGAUGUCCACCAUACUGUAUGCUCAUUUCAAGAUGACUUCCAGGAGUUUGAGAUGAUUGAUGAUGAAGAUGAGGAUGAAGAGGAAGAUGAGGAUGCAGAGGGAGAUCCUGAUGCUCCACCCUCUCCUUCUGCCUCUCCUCCUCCUUCCCCUACUUUGGGGUCACUUAAGAGCCGACCCACAUCCUUAAACCUGACCACUACAGUUUCGCAGGAUUCCUUGAACAACAACAGUAGUGUAUCUCCACGAAAGUCAAGCUGGCAGGAAUCUCUUCGCAACUCCACUUCAAAGGGUCGUAUGUCUCCAAGCCACACUUGCAUUGAGGAUGGUUCCCACGAUACUGAUACAUGCACAGGGGCUCCUGGCACCACCGUCUCUGCCAAAGGUACUCCCCCAAACCCAACUGGCCACUGUGGUCUCAAUCAGUCACCUGGCAGGCCACUGCUGUACGACUUUGAGGGCAACAAACGCGAGCGUCUUGAAUACGGUUCCUUUGGACAGCACAACUCAUCAGGCGGUCCAGAAGUUACUGAACCUACUGCUGAAGGAACCCUCGAGGAACGUGUCUCCUCAAGUGAUGACUGCACUUCCCAGUGCUCUGAUACUGAAGUUGACCAUGACCUCAAUAGCCAUGCCAAACGCAGACAGUGCCAUCCUCGACCUGAUGACACGUAUACCAUUACUACAGAGACUGCUGAUGACCCAGAGCUGGAGACCGACCUUACAAUGGAUGGCACCAGUAAAUGCCUAUCUUCUACAGCACCACUCGGGAAUGAUGCAGAGACCCCUCUGUCAGACGAAGAGUUAGAUAAGGAAUUUGAGAUUGACUUCAUGAGUCACGAGACCUUUAAUCUAACUUGUAAGGAAGAAGAAGGCUCAUCCUAUGUAGAGUUUCCCUGCAUUGAACCGACAGAACCAUCUUGUCUGUCUGUCCAUGCGUUGUCCAGUCAAUCUGAACCCAGAGAUGAGUCUUAUGACUCGAAUCUAGCUGCUGCUUCUGCAUCAAAUGACACAACAUCUCCUUCCUCUGACCCUGGCAUUGCUGACAUGAAUGCCAAGCGCUAUGCAGAGUCUGACCACCACAGUGAUGACCUUAGCUCUCCUGGGUCUGACUCUGAUCUUGAGGGUGAGUUGGAGGCAGAGUUUGCCUGUGGUGGUCCACUGGUUAGUAACAUGAUUUCAUCAAUCUCGGAGACAGAGUUAGACCUGACUAGUGAGUCCAGCAGUGGAAGGUCCUCGCAUCUCACAAACUCCAUUGAGGAAGCCAGCUCCCCAACAUCUGACCCUGAACUGGAUCAUGAGCUUGAUGUUGAGCAAGACAGUGGUAUUGUGGGUCUGAAGGCAUCUCUUCUUUUAGGUCAACCUGAGCCUAUUAAAAAAGACAUUUCACUAUAUCUGAAGCCCAGUCCAGAUAUUCAUCCUUUUGAUGAUGGUCAGGCCCUAAUGGGGCUACAAAAUGUGGAUGACGAGCAAAGUUUCGAGCAUCAAGCUGAUCCAGAUGAGACUUUGCCUCCUGCUAUGCCGUGUGAUGACAGUGCAACUCAGCAACUGCUCCUGAAAAUUGAACCAGAUCACAGCCUGGAAAGCUUUAAACGGUCCUUUUACCUUCCUGUGGAACCUAGACUUAUGCCCUCAGGGGACGAUUAUGAUGGAACCACUGAAGGAGACUCAGAGUCAGAAUCAGAGGAUGAACUAAGUGAGAACUCAGACUCACCAUGGCUUCUUAGCAACUUAGUGAACAAGAUGAUUUCAGAAGGGUCCUUUCCAAUCAGCUGUCCAGAAGAUUGCCUCAGGCGCUCUGCCUCCAUCUCUGACACAAUCUCACCUUCAUCUGACCUGGAGACAGAAACCUUUAAUGAAAGCGAAGGAUACAGAACACAGAUGCUGAAAUGCAAAGAAGACUUCCAGGAACAGCCAUCUAUGGGCUCAGAUAUGCGGACAGAUGGAGAAAAAGAGGGCAGAAGAGACAGUUUUGGAUCAGGAGAAGAGCAGGAAAGCAAGGCUGUCAGCUCUUGUCUACACAUGAGCAAUCCUUCAAAUGACACAGUUGUUCCUGUGUGCUUGGAGAGAUACCAAUCCAAUAACACAAAUCAGGACUGUACCUCUGAGAGAUCACUCAAAAAUCAACAAAAUGACGUUGAGGAGGAGCCAAAUAAUGACUUGAUGAUGGACAGGAUGAAGGAUCUGGACUCCCCUAGCUUAAGCGAGAGCAUCAUCAGUGACAAGGAUGAGGGUCGAGAGACAAGAGUGGAUCCACUUUCUCUGGAAAAAAUGACAGAAGUCAAAAACAGUCUGACCCUUGACCUCCCAACAGCACAGACUAAUCGCUGCUUCAGCCUCACAUACUCCACAGAUAAUGAUGAAGACGAGCAAGAUGCAUCACCCUUCCUGGAGGCUAUUCACAACCCACCCUCACCCUACGGUGACGAUACUUACCUAGACAGUUCCCCACCUAUCGAUGAAAGUGUCCGGGAAUUUCGAAAUACCUUUGAUCCAGCGGGGGUCAGACCUGUGGAUGACUCCCUGGCAUAUGACUCAGUAAAGUACACUCUAGUUGUGGAUGAGAAUACUACUCUGGAGCUGGUGAGUUUGAAGCGAUGCACUUCUGUUCUCAGUGACGACAGCGACGGACUCUCCACCGUUUGCGACGAAGAGGUUGCUGAUGAGGAUGAUGAUAUCUAUGGGCAGAGAGAGAACGUGGGGGGUAUUCGCUCUGAUCUACUGUUGAGCUCCUCCUCAGAAGAUUCUUCACCAGAGGCUGACCUUCCUUUCUCCAAAAAAUUCCUCAACGUGUUUGUCAAUGCCACGUCGCGAUCCUCCAGCACAGAAUCGUUCGGGUUGUUCUCCUGCACAAUAAAUGGAGAGGAGAGAGACCAGACUCACAGAGCAGUGUUCAGGUUUAUCCCACGUCAUGCAGAUGAACUAGAGCUGGAUGUCGAUGACCCACUUUUUGUUGAGGAAGAGGAGGAUGACUACUGGUACCGUGGCUACAAUAUGCGCACAGGGGCUCGGGGGAUCUUCCCUGCUUAUUAUGCCCAUGAGGUCAUCGGCCAAACCAAAGACCUGAUGGCAAUGAAAAGAAACCCAGCAUGGAUGGAAAGUUUCACUGUGCAGUUUUUGGGUUCGGUUGAAGUGCCUUACCACCAAGGCAAUGGCAUUCUCUGUGCUGCAAUGCAGAAGAUUGCCAUGGCGAGGAAGAGGACAGUGCAUCUCCAUCCUCCUUCUUUGUGUGAGCUGGAGAUCAGCCUACAGGGUGUGAAGUUGAUCAUGAGCCUGGAGGAUGAGUAUGACCUCUCGGAGGAGUUUGACAGAUGUAGUCACUUCUUCCAGAUGAAGAACAUUUCUUUCUGUGGAUGCCACCCAAAGAACAACUGUUACUUUGGCUUUAUUACCAAGCACCCAGUCCUGAACAGGUUUGCGUGCCAUGUCUUUGUCUCUCAGGAGUCCAUGCGUCCUGUGGCUGAGUGUGUGGGACGUGCAUUUCAGGAGUAUUAUCAGGAGCAUCUUGAGUACGCCUGUCCUACUGAGGAUAUCUACCUGGAGUAAAGGGAAAAAGAAGGUUUCCAUGGUCAACAAAAAGAAAUGUCUGUUCCUGGUUUUGGCCACUUGGGGGCUCUAGGUGGCCUUUAAGGGUUUAAUGUAGGCCUUGAGUUUUUCUAACUUUCUCCCUCUCUCUCUCUCUCUCUCUCUCUCUCUCUCUCUCUCUCUCUCUCUCUCUCUCUCUCUCUCUGUCUCUCUGUGUUUCACAUGACCUGAGCUCAAUAUGUAGGUUCAAUCUUAGCGAUGCAUCAAUUUGUUUCACUAUUUGUUUGUUUCCUCUUUUAUUUAUUCUCAUCCUCAAAACAGAUUGCCUGUUUAACUUUUGUAUGAUUAAGUACCUAGGAUUGUGGCACAGAUACUUUCACUUUCUCCUGGUUCAGAAACAACAAAACGAUGACUUCACACACUCUAAUGCAUGGCUUCAAGGGUUAUGCUCACAGGCAGGUAUACACACACAGGAAAUACCUAUAUUUGAAAUUCAUUUCGAAGGAUGGGUUUCGUUUGUAAAUAUGUACUCGUUUGAUUAUUCCAAAACAUGCUGAACGUGGUUUGUACUGAAAUGAACAUCUGGACAGGUGUUGGAUUAGGAAUAUAUGACUAUCUGCUCGCUGUAGUAGAAGGUUCCUUGUGCGUUCUUAUUAUUACCAUCAUGUAAAUACUGUAUAUUUAGAAAACAGUAGGUGACUACUACAGACGUUCGUUACAUCACGGUAUGUAAGUAGCACCUCCAUUCGCAAAAUGGAAGAAUGAAGAGGAUUGCGGGUGGCCAGGAAGGCAUGUUCGUUAGCCUGAGAAUGGAGAGUCAGGUAGCAUUGGCCAUGCACGGUCCUGUAAAUUACUAACCACUUACUUAAAUCAAGCUCUGCUAUCGCAUCCUAUUCCCAAUGACUCUUUCGUGCGACUCUUUGUUGGCCAUCUUGUGUAAUUUUCAGACUGUGCUUUAGUGCUUUAGUGUCUAUUUAGUCACUCUCUUUGUUCAUUGAAGGCUAACAGGUAAAUGUACAGCCAACCGCUGGCGUACUGCAGUCAUCAGCCAGAUCACUUUGCAAAUUGUCAAAGCUCCUAGAUUACUUAGGAAAAGGCCUUAAUAAAAGUUACAGCCAUUCUAAAAGAAGUUAUAAAAGAUAGUGUUAAACAAGUAAAAUUGUUAACUGAUAAAUUAUUUCGCAUAGUGGUUUUUAUUUAUUUUUACAUUUUUAGCAGAGUAAUAAUAACAUUACCUAGUCUCGUUGUAUAAAUAAUCAUUAAAAUAAUAUUUUCAUAUCCUUAUACAUUUUUUUCCGGCUUGGCCAUAUAGAACAUGUGACCAGCGUUGAAGUCGAAUUCUUGUACGAUGUCAGUCAAAUGUUUUUGAGCACUCCACAUUUGAGUUAUUUUCGAGUCGAUUAGAAAUGCAUUUUUGUAUUUCAAUGGAAAAACAUUCGAUAGAAUUGGAAAAGCCAGAGAUUUGGCGUUUGUCCCUGCCAGCAUAUAUAUUUCUACAGUUACAGUUGAUACACUCGAGCACGUUUUGAUUUUAGACUCAAUUUCUUUCACUUUGACUCUAAUAUGGCACUCAUUAAGAGCCCUAUCAGGGUCAGAGGCUGAUCAUUUAAUAAACGCUUGCAUACAUUUAGCUCAAGUGUUCAAAAUCAUUUGACUGCCAGUGUAUAGGCAAUUAGAUAAUAUAUAUUAUCUUUAACCAUGUAACUAAAUCUUAUAUUACUGACUGCUAAUGCAGUUAGAUUUUUCUUCUUUGGUCUCCUGAGUUGUAAGUAACAGACACUAAAAAAAUUUUUCCAUCAUAUAAAUGUCUAUCCCUCUUCCUAACCUUCACUGCUUUGUUGCUAGACUGUAUUCACAGUAGAGAGCCCCCUCCUGGCCAUGUAUAGUUUCAGGAAUGUUCUGUUAUAAUCUGCCACAAUGAAAUUCUCCCAGCAUUGUAUGGACAGCUUGGAACUAAAUAACCUAUAGAUUAAAUGGUAAUUAAAUAGUAAAAGUACUAAGAGGCCUACAGUUAAAUGAAUAAUUUGCUUCUCGGUGUGCUGAUGCUUAAAAGCUCAUAUUAUUGUAAAUUAGGACCUGAUUCUUGGCUCCUGCAGGCUGGUUUCAUCAUCCCGGUGUCAGUAGAUCAUAGCAGUGCAACAUUUAGACUGGAAUUGCAGUUGUAGGCUACUCACUUUCUGCUCACUGAAUCAAACACACACACACACACACACACACACACACACACACACACACACACCAGCAGCCUGCAGUUUGAAUCCUUUGUUAAUCGUCCAUUUGUGCUGAUGCCACAUGUAGGAAGGAGCUGCAGUCUUAAGACUAUAAAUGUGAUUUGGUGUCAGUUAGAUUGCUGUAAAUAGUCUAGUUGAGAUGACCAUGCUGUGUCUUUUCUAUUGAGUGUUACUGAAUAAAAAUAACGAAACAUGUCAAUUUUAAAUAAACAAUAACGCAGACAUUGAUAAACUAUCACAGCUAAAAUGGGGUUCAAAACUGUAAAUUGAUUUCAGCUAGUGUCUGAUUUUUUUUGUUUCAGCUGCUACACACUGCUGUACCUGAGGUCGAAUGUUGUUACAUUGUGCUAAAUAACAGAACGUCUGUCGAUCGGCUGUGUGUCUUUCAUACAAACAUCCACGUUUUCAUGCUAGCAUUAGCAUUAUCAGUACAAUCAUUUGGUUUGACUUCUCCCAGAGGUUAGCAGAGAUGGCUCUGGACUCCGAAUUCGAAACGUCUUGACUGUUUUCCCAUCUAAAUGUUACUUCGUUAAUGUUUGUCCAGAAAAUAAAUGGAUUCCUCCGAACGUUUUGUCUACAUAUUAACAUUUUACAAUCAUUGAUUGGUCAUUAAACCCCUUUAUGUAUUGGAGCAGAGCAACUGGACCAUGUGAGCUUGGAUAGCUGAAUGACUACAAUAACUGCAAAUCUCUGGACUGUAAUUACAUAAUGCAGGCCUUUACUGUAUAUCAAGAUGAACAGCAACAGUAUGACAUACUAGCUAUCUUGUAUCUUUAAAAAUCAAACUUGUAAAAACCAAAAUGGAAAAAAAAAUUCCCUGCCUUGUCAUGGAUUUGGUCUUAAAAAUAAAACAUAUGCUUGAUGUCA